AUGGCCAAAAUCACGCCACAACAGUUGAGAUACAAAUACUAUUCCAUACUGCGCAGACCAGCACAUGUUUGGUCAGUGAGCGAAGAGACUGCAUUGAUUCAACAUGUGUUAAAGCAUGGGACCAAUCAAUGGGAAAUGAUUUCUGAGGCGCUCCAGACCCAUUCCCCAGAGCAAUGUAAGGAGAGGUGGAAAUCUUUAGACAUGAAGACUCGUAAUGCCAAAAAUUCUAAAGACAAGAUGUGGUACAAGGUGGAACGUGGCAACUUUUGGCGGCAUUACCUUAGACAUGGAGCGGACUGGAAAGAGUUGGCACAAUUUCUAGUUAAUCGAACACCGGAGCAAUGUGAGGCAUUCUUCAGCAAAGCAACAGCGAGCUUUGACAAGAGCAAUCCAGAAAAGUUUAAUCGCCAAUCAAAUUGGACCCCAGAAGAGGACAAGGCGUUAUUGGAUGCCGCUAUAUCUUACGGGUCUAAGAAUUGGAUCAAGAUUGCUGCCAGUAUCCCUAACAGAGAUAAGUGGCAGUGUCGCAUGCGGUUUGCUGAACUCCAAGCACCGGUCUUAGGGAGCGAGGAAGCAGCAAAAACCCUUGCUAAAGCCAAGAAAAUGGAGGCUCUUUUCAAGCAUUCGAGUGAUUUAUAG